AGGGGUGUGAAAAUGAUGGGGAAAUAUGUGCUACUAAAAAAUUUACUUGAGCUACCAAUUUUUUCGUGGGGUGCCAUAAAAUUUCUGCAGUGCUACCAAGCGAAAAUUGAAUUUGCAGCCCUCUUUUACAAUAUAUAUUCUUUGUUCAACAGUUCCAGACUGCUAAAAGAACCAUGCUCACUUGGUGUUUGUGACCACCUCUUCUGCAAGUGCUGCAUCCUGAAUCACCUAGGAAACAAUUGUCCAGAAUGCGGUUCGCCUGCGUGGGUGAAAGACCUCUUGCCGAACCGUGAACUAACAGUGGUGGUUCAGAUGUAUCAGCGGUUACAACGAUUAGUAAAGCAGCAGCCUACAAGUGUCAACGAAAUUACAAAUACAGAAAAUGCUGAAGAUGACUUAUUCCAAGAUACUGAUGAUCCAAUAUCUGACGAUGUCACAAAGACAUCAAGUGAAGAUGAGAAAAGCAAAGACUUUCAAACAUAUCCAAGUAUUAUAGAUCAAAGCACAGAGGUGAAAGAGAAGGAGGAUGAUCGAUCAACGGCAUGUGAUAUCAGUAGAUCACCAUAUGUUGAUAAGUGUCAAGUAAUAAUAUCUGAAAGCGUAUCCUCCUCGAACACCCAAGACAAUAACAGUGAGGUGCAACAGAAAACUGACAAAAGGACAACAGCUAAGUACUCACUGCCAUGGCGUAAGAAUAGCAGCAAAAAGAAAACCACAAAGCUUCAGACAAAAAGGCUGCGGUGUCCAAGAGAUACUGCACUCCUUAAGGAGAAUCUAGAUGUCCUGAAGAAACAGAUGGAGAUCAGCAGCUUCUUUUCUACUUCGGAUGACUAUUGUCCUCCUUUUAAAAAACAUCCAAUGUCAGCUGAGCUGAGAAAGAGAAAGCUUGAUAGUUCAAAUGCAGAAUGGGGAAUGAUGCCUUUGAAAGACUUAACAAAGAAUAAUGAUGGUGGAUCAAAAAGAAAAAGCAUAAGAAGGGUUUCUUUCAGAUGUUUAGAAAAUGAAUUAAACCUUAUAAAUGCACUUGAUCAAGUUUCAGACAUAGAUGAAAAUAUGAAAGAUGCAGGUAGACCAGUUUCAAAAGCAAGUAUGAUGGCUAAUUCAGAGAUGUGUGUUGAUUCAGUAACUCAUGACAUGACAGAAAAAACUUCUCAAAUGCCAGAGGAUAGUGUCAGUCUUAAUACCAACAAAACUAGAUUGCGGACAAGAUCAUCAACAUCAUCGAGCGAAAACAAACCUAAAAGGAAUAAAAAAUUAGUUGACAUCCAGCGUCUUCCAGGUGCCACUGAGUAUUGUAAUUCUAGCCUAAAGAUGGCAAAUGAAAGCCCUGGUACCAGUAAAGCUAGACAGGGGAACCGGUGCCUUGAAAGACCUAUUGAGAGCAUUGACUCAGGCAAGACCAGACAAGGAGAUUGCCUUACAAAAAGUACACCAAUUUCUGAGAAAAGAGAUGCUUCAAAAAGAAAGCGGUCAUCCAUGGAGGGAGGUCAGUCAUUGGUGCUAAGCAGAAGGAGAUCACACUGUCCAAGGGUAGCCCCAGUAGAUCAACUAAUGAAGAGAAACAAGAAAGGCGAAACACCAUUACAUAUUGCUGUCAUAAAGGGAGACAUUCAAGAAGUGGAGACAUUACUAACACAGGGAGCUGAUCCCAAUGUCAGAGAUUAUGCUGGUUGGAGGCCUCUGCAUGAAGCAGCCAAUCAUGGCCAUGCUACUGUUGUUUCGCUACUCCUUGACCACGGAGCUCUUAUAGAUGCUCCAGGCUUUGAGAAUGAUUCACCGCUACAUGAUGCAUUGACCAAUAAUAGACUGGAUGUUGUCAGGAUACUUGUAAAACAUGGAGCUAACCUUCUGGCACGAAAUAUGUUUGGUUUAACUCCAUCUGAUAUGGCUAGAACAAAGGCAAUGAAGUUGGCUUUGAAAACUAAAGUUCUUCCCCUCGAAGAAAGAACUGGUCAUGUUGUGAAGCCAAUAUCCCCUAGCAAGAAUGAUGCAUAUGUGUUUAUUUGCACUGGUUUGAAUAAUGAACAGAAGAAAUUGGUAGAAACCUGUGCAAAAAUGCUUGAUGCUGACAUAGUGAAGGAUUUCACUGAUGACAUCACACAUGUAAUUGCCUCCUGUACAGCGGGAGUUUGUUUGAGGACAUUCAAGUAUCUUCAGGGAGUGAUCUCAGCCAAGUGGGUUAUAUCCUUCCAAUGGGUUGAGAGCUGUUUACGUGAACAAAGAGCUGUAGAUGAGGAGUCAUUUGAGGUCGCUGGAACAAUGUCAUCGCCUUCGAGUCCUGGACCGAAAAUGGCACGGCUAAAUGCUGCCAAACAGUACCCACUAUUGUUUGAUGGCUGUCAUUUUUAUUUCAAUGGAAAUUUUACAACACCUUCGAAGAAAGACCUUGGGCAGCUUGUAAAGAGCGGUGGUGGAACGUUUCUUCUUCGAGAGCCCAAGAUCGAUGACGAUGUCAUCCAGUCAUGCCGCCAAGUGCCCUACCAUGCUAGCACCGAUAGUCCACAACCAAACUGCUGCUAUUACAUAAUCAACAGUCCUCUACAAGACGCGUUAUCGGUGCAUACUGCGAAGCUGUGUUCCAUGCCUUUGUCUUGGUUGAUGGACUGCAUAGCACAGUUCAAAAUUAUAAGCACAGAGGGGUACUGAUUGUUGCCAACAUGUCGGGAACAUUUAAAAGUUUGUGAUUGUGAAAAUGCUUCCUGUAGAGUUUCUGUAGAUAUCAUUUAGUUAUUUAACAGAUAAAACAUGUAUAUUAACUUUAAAAAUAAAACAGACUGAAAUCAUUCUCAAAUUGAUUUGGUUAAAUUGUUUUGGUUUUGGUAAAAAAAAUACAGUAACUGUACAAGUUAACAAUAGUGUUAAGAAUAAUUACCGUACUGUACUAUCUAUUGAUUAAGGGUUGUUCACAAUUUUGAAAAUAAUAGAUUUUUCUGACCAAUUAUAAUAUGCAACCAUGGAUAUAAUACAUUUUAUGUACCAAGUCACAAAAACCAAGUCACAGAAAUGGAGAAUGGUUUUGAAAAAUCAACAUUUUUUUUUUUUAUGCAGACUUCCAGAGAGGAGGGAAGUAGUACUAAUAAGAGUACUGUUUAUACACUUGCAAAAAUGUUGACAAUUGUAAACGACCCCUUAAAUGAAAUACCUAAUUAUGACAUGAUGGUUGUCUUGUAUACUUAUAUUAAAAUAUCAUUAAAAUACACUCUUGCAUUAUUUUAUUGUGUAGAGCACAAAUAGCAAAAUGCUAUAUUAUUUCAAUUUAUUAAAAUUUCUCUUCAGAAUUACAAUUUGUUAUGUAUCCAGCAAACAGCUAUGUCAUAAAAUAUUAAACAGUUCUCCCUCUAAUGAAAGACCACCUCCAAUUAAAGACCACUUUUCUGUAGUCUCAAAUUGACAAAUGUCUUAUUUUUAUUAUUCUAAAUUAAAGACCAAAGC